ACGUCGAAAGAUUGUCUCGCGAGCUUUCAAUAUUUGAAGAUGGCGGCAGAGAAGGAGUCGACCGGUGCAGCAGUAACAGAAACAGAGGGGCAGGAAGGAGACUCCACUUUAGGAGACAUUGUUCCACCUGCAGAUACAGAAUCUUCUAAUGGGAAAGAAGCAAUGGAUGUGCCUGGAGAUAAUUCAGAGCCCAUAGAUGUGCAAAUGGGAUCUAUGGAAGAAGAGAAUGGCCGACAGCUGGGUGAAGUAGAACUGCAGUGUGGUAUCUGUAUGAAAUGGUUCACAGCAGAUACAUUUGGCAUUGAUACUUCGACCUGUCUUCCCUUCAUGACAAACUAUGUCUUUCACUGCAAUGUGUGCCAUCAUAGUGGAAAUACUUAUUUCCUAAGAAAACAAGCUAAUCUAAAAGAGAUGUGUCUUACUGCUCUUGCCAACUUGACUUGGCGUUCCAGAACUGAUGAUGAGCACCCAAAAACCAUGUUUUCUAAAGACAAGGAUAUAAUUCCUUUUAUUGAUAAAUACUGGGAGUGUAUGACAACACGACAAAGACCUGGGAAGGUUACUUGGCCAAACAACAUUGUUAAAACAAUGAGCAAAGAGCGGGAUGUGUUUUUGGUGAAGGAGCAUCCAGAUCCUGGAAGCAAAGACUCGGAGGAAGACUAUCCAAAGUUUGGCCUUCUUGAUCAGGAUCUUGCUAACAUUGGACCAGCUUAUGACAUUCAAAAACAGAGUGCUUCUGUCAACAGUAGUGGCAGCCUCAAUGGUGGAUCCUCUUUUACAGGUGGCCUGGCACCAGGAGGUCCUGGAAAAGGAAGAGGUGCUAAACGGAAGCAACAGGAUAGUGGAUCACAAGGAACCACCAAGAGAACACGAAGUGACCCCCUCUUUGCAGCUCAACGUUUGCCCCCACAUGGAUACCCUCUAGAACACCCUUUCAAUAAAGAUGGUUAUCGUUACAUUCUUGCCGAGCCAGAUCCUCAUGCACCAGACCCAGAGAAGCUUGAGCUUGACUGUUGGGCAGGAAAGCCUAUACCUGGAGAUUUAUAUCGAGCAUGUUUAUAUGAACGAGUUCUUCUUGCUCUUCAUGAUCGCGCUCCCCAGUUGAAGAUAUCAGAUGAUAGACUAACAGUUACUGGAGAAAAAGGCUAUUCGAUGGUCCGAGCAUCUCAUGGUGUAAGAAAAGGCUCCUGGUAUUUUGAGAUAACAAUUGAUGACAUGCCUCCUGAAACCGCUUCAAGACUGGGGUGGUCACAGCCAUUAGGAAAUUUACAAGCACCACUUGGUUAUGAUAAGUUCAGCUACUCCUGGAGGAGUAAAAAGGGCACGAGAUUUCAUCAGUCCAUAGGCAAGCAUUAUUCAGAAGGCUACGGCCAAGGUGACGUCCUUGGCUUUUUUAUUGAUUUACCUGAAGAUACAGAAACUGCCAGAUCACUACCAGACACCUACAAAGACAAGGCUUUGAUCAAAUUCAAAAGUUACUUGUACUUUGAAGAAAAAGACUUUGUCGAUAAAGCCGAGAAGGGCCUGAGACCAGUAGCCAAGAGUAAGAUGAUAUUUUAUAAAAAUGGUGUAAGUCAAGGUGUUGCCUUUGAAGACCUUUUUGAAGGACUCUAUUUUCCAGCCAUUUCAUUAUAUAAAAGUUGCACUGUUUCUGUGAAUUUUGGACCAAAUUUUAAAUAUGCUCCAAAAGACAUUAAGUACCAACCAAUGAAUGACAUGGGCUGGGGAGCUGUGAUUGAACACACUCUGGCUGAUAUCCUUUAUCAUGUGGAAACAGAUGUGGAUGGCCGGCACAGUCCUCCCUGGGAGCCAUGAACUUUGUUUUCUGUUACCUGAUGUAAGGUGAAAAUCAUCCACCAUCUGCAUUUUAUAGGGUGAACACCAUAAAGUACAUCUUGAAAAUACACUGUACAUAAACUGUAACGAUUUUCAUUGGAAUUCCUUAUCACGUCCAGUCCUUAAACUUUUGUUUUUAGUUUCUUGUGUUGCAGGUAAAUGAACAUUUAAUCUCAUGGGUCUUUGCAGAAUCCAUACAAGUAUGCUGCUCAAUUUAAAGAAUAGUUACAUAUCUAUCUUUGUAAACCUAGCUAGACCCAGACAUUACUUUAAUAAAAGGAGCUAACCAAAGGUAAUAAAACAAUGCGCUAUUGAGACUGUUGAGAUUGUUCUAUUUCUAUAGCCAUUGUAUUUUAAAUAUUGUUUUGUAUACAGGUGUAUAAGAAAUAUUACUUUUUGUCCACUAAUAUUAUUAUUUUUUAAAUGAUCAUAAAAACAGAGGAAUAUCAAGCAAGAGUUAUUGGGGUCUGUUUUCCAGAUGUGUGCUCCUUGGUGACAUUUUCACUUUUACAUACAAAUCAUAAAAGAACAGCAUCUAUUUUCAGCUACUGUUGACACAUUUUUUCUUUUGCAAAACCUUGCUUUCGUGAAAAGAAUUUGGAAUAAACCUUUUGCUAAAAUGUC